UGUGCACGGUGUGUGUGCGCGCGUGUCCGAGUGUGCGCGCGUGUGUGUGCGCGCGCGCCCUCCCUGCUCCUUCGCACCAGCCCCCAAACCAACUUGUCCCCAUCAACUCCAUCUUUCUAGUCCCCACCUUCCCCGGUGCAGACACCCGGCGAAGCCCACCCGGUUUUCCCAGCGGCAUUUCCGAUGACAGCUUCGGGGCUACGUGUCCUGUGCUGUCGGAGACGCGCAGGAAGCAAAGUUUGUGAGAAGCGUUGGGGGCGACUUUGCCUUGGGCACCCGCAUUUGUGCGUCUGCGAGGUGCCUCGGGGUGCGCGGAGCUAGUUUCCCAGUUUCCCGGGCCCCUCCCUUCUCCGAGCCCCUCCAGCGAUUUGUUUAGGAAAAGUGAUGACAUGAACUAGUAGUGGAGAAUCGCAGCGCCGCUCCCCGCCCUGGGGGAGGGAGGGGAGCCCCGGAGAGCCUGCCGGUGGGAGCUGGAAGCAGGCUCCCGGCUGAGCGCCCCAGCCGGAAAGGCAGGGUCUGGGUGCGGGAAGAGGGCUCGGAGCUGCCUUCCUGCUGCCUUGGGGUCGCCCAGAUGAGGGAACAGCCCGAUUUGCCUGGUUCUGAUUCUCCAGGCUGUCGUGGUUGUGGAAUGCAAACGCCAGCACAUAAUGGAAACAGGACCUGAAGACCCUUCCAGAAUGCCAGAGGAAAGUUCCCCCAGGCGGACCCCACAGAGCAUUCCCUACCAGGACCUCCCUCACCUGGUCAAUGCAGAUGGACAGUACCUCUUCUGCAGGUACUGGAAACCCACAGGCACACCCAAGGCCCUCAUCUUUGUGUCCCACGGAGCUGGAGAGCACUGUGGCCGCUAUGAAGAGCUGGCUCGGAUGCUGAUGGGGCUGGACCUGCUGGUGUUUGCCCACGACCAUGUUGGCCACGGACAGAGUGAAGGGGAGAGGAUGGUAGUGUCUGACUUCCACAUUUUCAUCAGAGAUGUGUUGCAGCAUGUGGAUUCCAUGCAGAAAGACUACCCUGGGCUUCCUGUCUUCCUUCUGGGCCACUCCAUGGGAGGCGCCGUCGCCAUCCUCACGGCCGCAGAGAGGCCGGGCCACUUCGCCGGCAUGGUACUCAUUUCGCCUCUGGUUCUUGCCAAUCCUGAAUCUGCAACAACUUUCAAGGAUUAUUCGAGGAUUUUGAAACACUUGAUGGAAAAGGCAUCAAGAAUGUUAAAGUUUUGGAUUCCACGUCCUUUUUGGGUCCUUGCUGCAAAAGUUCUCAACCUUGUGCUGCCAAACUUGUCCCUCGGGCCCAUCGACUCCAGCGUGCUCUCUCGGAAUAAGACAGAGGUCGACAUUUAUAACUCAGACCCCCUGAUCUGCCGGGCAGGGCUGAAGGUGUGCUUCGGCAUCCAGCUGCUGAAUGCCGUCUCGCGGGUGGAGCGCGCCCUCCCCAAGCUGACUGUGCCCUUCCUACUGCUCCAGGGCUCUGCCGAUCGCCUGUGUGACAGCAAAGGGGCCUACCUGCUCAUGGAGUUAGCCAAGAGCCAGGACAAGACUCUCAAGAUUUAUGAAGGUGCCUACCAUGUUCUCCACAAGGAGCUUCCUGAAGUCACCAACUCUGUCUUCCAUGAAAUAAACAUGUGGGUCUCUCAAAGGACAGCCACGGCAGGAACUGCGUCCCCACCCUGAAUGCACUGGCCGGUGCCUGGCUCAUGGUCUGGGGGAUGCAGGCAGGGGAAGGGCAGAGAUGGCUUCUCAGAUAUGGCUUGCAAAAAAAAAAAAAAAAAAAAAAUCAGAAAUUGGAGAAAUCCUUAGCACAAUUUUCUAAAAAAUAACAAAAAGACAUUUUUGUUAUACAUUAGGCUAUCAGACACUGGACCUACCUUAAUGGGUAGACACUUUAUGCAAAAAAAGAGAAAGGUCCCAGGUGAUUUUCCGCAAAGAAUGUGCUAAAAUGUCCACUGAAAACAAAGCCAAGCCUCUGCCCCGCCUCUCCCAGCUCCCACAAGGGUUCCAGGAAUUCCUGGUGUUCCCAGGACACCAGACUGCAAUAACUGGAGGCGCCUCCCUCCUGCUCACCCUUCGCUCACACCCCAGCGCCCUCUCUGACCGGCCUCCGCUUGGUGGCCUUCCUCUGGCCGUGUGAUGAGGUGGUUGCUGUCUCCAUAGGGGCCAGCUCCCCGGGGCAGACUCACAUGACCCUCUGAGGCUCAGAAAAUGCCCAGCCCUUCCUCAAAAUGAGCAGCCACCCAUGACUUUGUGGGCUCCUUGUUAGCCUGAGGCCAGGCUUUGCAGAGGGGAGGGGGGUGAGGCUUAGCCCAGAAGGAGAACUGAGCAGGAAACCGAGGCUCUUCUCUGUCCCUUGCCCUUCCCCUCCUGCCAGGGGGAGGCUCAGGUUGGCCCCUGAGUGUUGCCUGUACUCACAAAGGCUGCCUUUCCUCUGGAGUCACUAAUUUUACCUGAUGCUAUGAGAGAAUCGUAUUGAAGAUGAAAUGUCUAAUAUAUAAUGUAUAUUUUAAAGCAGAGACUAUUUUGGUGGAUAGGUGGGAGGGAGCAAGGGGAGUUUGAGGGAAUGAGAGCUUGAUGCUACUGUACAGAACUGGACAGGUUGGGCCGGCAAUGGUGAGGCCAGAGGGCUCUGUGCUCCAGGAGCUAAGCCAGCAGCCUCCGAGAGGGGACUUGGCUGGGCCUUUCCUAUGGGCAAGGCCCAGUGCUCUUCCUGCCCACCAGGGACCAUGGAGCAGUGGCAGCCUAUGGGGCUAUGAUCUCUAGGCCUGGGCCUGGGCCUGCCUAUGGCCCAGAGCUACCCUGGGAGUGUCAGUGCUAGCAGCACAGCUACCUCUGGUGGCAGGAGAAGAGAGGCCCAGCACAGUGGCAGGCCAGGCCUUCCUUCCCAGGUCUACAUGGAGCACUCGGUGACCCAGAGCAGGGACUGGAGGCACUCCCAGCCCUGCCCCAGGCCACAGCAGGACAGGCUGGGACAGGCCUCACCCAGGCCAAGGCUGGCAUCAGCCAAUCUUUCGGAGCCGAGGCCCUGGGCCUAGCCUGCCCUUCUCAGGUGCCAAUACCACCCCAGCCCUGCCCUUGGCCUCACUUUUUCCCAGCAAUAAGUGGGGUUCACCACUCGCCUCGGGAAUACUUUCACCUUCUAAAUGGGACUUGCUGUUACCUCAGGAGGCUCCUUAGUGCAAAUAUGACCCUGGUCAGGGCUUUGCCACAGUUGAAGCCCUGCAGAAGGUGCAAUCUAGGGGUUCUGGGGCCACGGAGGAGGAGGCCACUUCCCACCAGGACCCCCAACAUGAAGUCUAGGCGUCGGGGGCUCCCGCCCUUCUUCCAGCAGCGGGAACUGCCACUGAUCUCCCAGGCCCUGUUCUGGAGGCUAACCUUGGUUCCUGGAGAGUGUGCCCCUCCACCCUCCCUCCAGCAGCCUUGACCACACCAUGAGAGCCAGGAAUGGGUCACCCUGCUGAAGAUCACUCUGUGCCCUGGGGGAGGAGCCAAGCCCUCACCCGACAAGGGGCAGGUGGGGGCUUGGUUGCUGACCCGGCCCAAGUCCCCACAGAGCACCUUCUGUAGCUCCAGCUUGUCUCCCUGGCUUCUCUCUGAAGGAGAAAAAUGUAAAAUAUGCACUGAGAGAGAAAGCCAGCCCCGCCUGCUCAGUCAGCCCUGGCAGCAGGGCAGCCAUGGGAGCUCAGGAAAAGCAGGAACCCUUUCCAAAAGCCCAGAGAUGCCCUGGGCUCAGACCUGUAAUUCUCCCAGGAGCUGUGAUAGAGCAGGUCACACAAAGUCCCUACGCCUCCCUGCCGCCUCCCCCAGACGCAUGUGAUGGCAUCAAUAUUCCCCAAAUUGAAUAUCGGCAUGCGGCCUGACCAGGGACUCUUUAGAUGCAUGAAUUUAUUUAUAUGAAGGCUCUCACAGAGACACACACAGCACUUCAGUAGCAUUUGCAUUCCUGGUUAAAGAAUCACCAAUAUUUAAAAUAAAAACUUUCCGGAAAUUGGGACUGUCAUGUUAUCCGAAAGGGCUGGUACAUCCGCCCACCAUGUCCCCUUGCUGGGUCAGGAGCCAGCACAGGACCCUGCACGUAAGCGUGCCUGACGUCUCAUGCGCGGCCACGCCAGAGCCGGUCCCUGUCCUUGGAAAGGUGUCAAGCUUUGCGUUGAGUUCCUUCUCAAUACUGAUGGCUCCGUGCUGACAUUCUGAGCUCUGGAGUCGCACCAGCGCAGGGGCGUGGAGGAACUGAGGUUUGGAAGGGAUGCCAGGUCUCACAUAGCUUGGCCUCGAGAAGGUGAGAGGAAGGCAAAGGCCAGGGAGGGGACCCAGAGAGGCCUGGCACACAAGGCCCAGGCACCACCGUCAACACAGCCCAGUCCAUACAGAAAUGGGUUUCAUGCCUGAAAAGCUUUUUACAGAAAGAUGCUGCCUGUAGCCGGUGACAGCCGCAACCCUACAGGCCUCAGUUCCUUGCAGAGGCGAGGGGUAGAGAGUCAGCCUCCCUCCCUUCCAGCAGCGACCCAGCUUCCCUCCACUUCCAGGUGGUGCUGGGCUCACCGAGGGAGCACUGGUGGGUGCUCUGAAAACCCACGGGAUCCCACCCCCAGGCCCACCUGGGUCCCAUCUCACUCUCUUCUUCUUUCACCAAUUGCUAACAUAGACCUUACUGGGAUCACGAUGUCUUCACAAGCCGGCUGUUGGGUUUGCUAUGUCAGGGUGGUUCAGUCACAUCCCUGUGUGUAUACUGUCUGCGGGGCACAUAUGUAUCCGUUUAGAGCUAAAGGAAUCAGUGUACGCUACAGCUAAUCCUAAUAAAUCCGAUGUGUUCGGAA